CGUAAGCGCCGUGUGUCAAUUUAUUUUCAUAUUAGGGUAAUUUAAAUAGUUAUUUGAGGUGAUUUCUUAAUCCCAAUAGUUUCUGUUGCUAAUAAAUUAAAAAGGGAGCAAUGGCAUUUUGGGUAAGGUCAACCGCCCGGUAGUUCAAACGUCCCGAACAUCGGGCAUCAGUUGUCAAAAAUAUUCAUUCCGUGAAUCAAUGUACUAGGAACAAUAAAUUUCGUGUUGUGUUUGGAAAAAUUGUGCAAUUUUGUAUAGAAAGCGGUUAGAAUAGGACCGAAAAUUGUUUGACGAGCCGGCGUCGUGGAUACCGAAUUUGAAAAUUAAGGCACUUCUGAAACAACCCAGCAGCAAACAUGUCGGCGAAGGCCAUCAGAGAGGCGACCGGUAAAAAUCUGAUAAACAAAUACCUAGGCGGCAACACCGCGGCCGCGCAAUGCAGGUUCGCGUCCGUCGACCCAGACACCAGGUUUUCCGAACUGGUCAGCAACAAUCCGUGGUUGAAGACCGAGAAGCUGGUGGUGAAACCCGACCAGCUGAUCAAGAGGAGGGGCAAAUUAGGACUGAUCGCGGUAAACAAAACGCUAGAUGACGUUCAGAAAUGGAUAGCGGAACGGAUGAACAAGGACCAGAAGAUCGGACAGGCGUCUGGCAAGCUGCGUAACUUCAUCAUCGAACCGUUCGUUCCGCAUAGGGAAGAUGAGGAAAUGUACGUUUGUAUCUAUUCGCAUCGUCACGCGGAUACCAUACUGUUUUAUCAUCAAGGCGGUGUGGAUAUCGGGGACGUAGAUAGCAAAGCGCUGAAGCUGGAUAUCCCUGUGGGGGAGACGCUGAGCGCGAAAGACAUUACCGAAAAAUUGUUGGGGCACGUCGCGCCCGCCAAAAAACAAAUGGUGGCCAACUUCGUAGAUAACUUGUACCGGCUCUACGUCGACCUCUACUUCACCUACUUGGAAAUAAACCCGCUGGUCGUCACCGACCAGGAAAUUUACAUAUUGGACCUGGCAGCCAAGCUCGACUCGACCGCUGACUUUAUCUGCAGGCCCAAGUGGGGGGAAAUAGACUACCCCCCGCCGUUCGGCAGAGACGCCUACCCCGAGGAGGCUUACAUAGCCGACCUGGAUUCGAAAUCCGGGGCCAGUCUGAAACUGACGAUCCUCAAUCGCAAGGGCCGUAUAUGGACGAUGGUCGCCGGUGGGGGCGCUUCCGUCAUAUACAGCGACACGAUCUGCGACUUAGGAGGCACCAGCGAAUUAGCAAAUUACGGUGAAUAUUCGGGCGCCCCGUCGGAACAACAGACCUACGAAUACGCGAAAACCAUACUGUCGCUGAUGACGCACGAGAAACACACGCAGGGCAAAGUGUUGAUCAUCGGCGGAGGCAUCGCGAACUUUACCAACGUCGCGGCCACCUUUAGGGGAAUCAUCACCGCGCUGAUCGAGUUCAAGGAUCGACUGAUCGAUCACAACAUCAAGAUAUUCGUCAGAAGGGCCGGUCCCAACUACCAGGAAGGUUUGCGAAGGAUGCGAGAGGUGGGCCAAACCCUCGGCCUGCCGUUGUACGUGUUCGGCCCCGAAACGCACAUGACUUCGAUAUGCGGCAUGGCGCUCGGCACCCGGCCUAUUCCGCAGGAGAAUAACGUCGAAUUCGCUACCGCCAACUUCCUGCUGCCGUCCGGGGACAAGCAGCCCAUCAAGAAGAAGCCGGAGGCGUCCGCGACAUCCUCCGAGACGUUGAAAUCGGCACCAGUAGUGCGGAGGGACCGGGAACCAAACCAGAUCGAAAUCAAACCACAAGUCUCUUGUCAGGGCGACUCGUCUGCGUCCCCUCUCUUCACCGCGAACACGAAAGCGAUCGUAUGGGGCAUGCAGAACAGGGCCAUACAAUCGAUGCUCGACUUUGACUUUGUAUGCCGCAGGCAAGAGCCCAGCGUGGUGGCCAUGAUUUAUCCGUUCACCGGCGAUCACAAGCAGAAAUUCUAUUGGGGCCACAAGGAGAUACUGAUACCGGUCUACAAGAAAAUGGGCGACGCGAUGUCUAAACAUCCGGACGCGGAUGUGCUCGUGAACUUUGCCAGUCUCAGGUCGGCGUACCAAAGCACCAUAGACACGAUGGAGUACCCGCAGAUUAGGACUAUCGCUAUCAUUGCCGAAGGCAUACCCGAAAACAUGACCAGAAAGCUCAUCAAGCUGGCCGACGAGAAAAAAGUGACCAUCAUCGGUCCCGCGACGGUGGGCGGUCUGAAGCCGGGCUGUUUUAAAAUCGGCAACACCGGAGGCAUGAUGGACAACAUUUUGCACUCGAAACUCUACCGUCCGGGCAGCGUCGCCUACGUGUCCAAAUCGGGAGGCAUGUCCAACGAGCUCAAUAACAUCGUAUCGAAAGCGACCGACGGCGUGUACGAGGGCGUGGCCAUUGGAGGAGAUAGGUACCCCGGUACGACCUUUAUGGAUCACAUUAAGAGAUAUCAGGCCGACGAGAACAUAAAAAUGGUCAUAUUGCUAGGCGAGGUGGGCGGCACCGAGGAGUACGAGGUGUGUAGGGCGUUAAAAUCGGGCGAGCUCACCAAACCGCUGGUCGCUUGGUGCAUAGGUACAUGCGCGAGCAUGUUCACGGCCGAAGUUCAGUUCGGACACGCUGGGUCUUGCGCCAAUUCAGCCAGCGAGACGGCGACCGCCAAAAACAAAGCUCUGAAAGAAGCUGGCGCGCAUGUUCCCGAAUCGUUCGAUUAUCUAGGUGACAUAAUCAAAAACGUCUACGACGCGCUGGUCAAGCAAAAGGUGAUCGUACCCGCGGCCGAAGUGCCCCCGCCCACAGUGCCCAUGGACUACAACUGGGCGAGGGAGUUGGGACUAAUCCGUAAACCUGCCAGUUUUAUGACGUCGAUAUGCGACGAGCGUGGACAAGAGCUGAUUUAUGCGGGUAUGCCCAUAUCGGACGUGCUCAAGAAGGACGUCGGUAUCGGGGGCGUCAUCUCGCUCUUGUGGUUCCAACGUUGUUUGCCGCCCUACGUCUGCAAGUUCUUCGAGAUGUGCCUGAUGGUGACGGCGGAUCACGGACCCGCGGUAUCCGGGGCGCACAACACGAUAGUGUGCGCACGCGCAGGCAAGGACCUCGUCAGCAGUCUCGUGUCCGGGUUACUCACCAUCGGCGACAGGUUCGGCGGAGCGUUGGACGGCUCGGCAAAACAGUUUAGCGAAGCAUACGACACUGGUAUGCACCCCGCGGAGUUCGUCAACCACAUGCGCAACAAAGGCGAACUGAUUAUGGGCAUCGGCCAUCGGGUCAAGUCGAUCAACAACCCGGACAAGCGGGUCGAAAUUAUCAAGGAGUACGUGUUGGCGAACUUUCCGGGCUCGCCGCUUCUCCAGUACGCGCUCGAAGUCGAGAAAAUCACAACGAGUAAGAAACCUAACCUCAUUCUGAACGUGGACGGCGUCAUCGCGUGCUCGUUCGUCGACAUGCUGCGCAAUUGCGGCAGCUUUACCAGCGAGGAGGCGCAAGAGUACAUCAACAUAGGCGCGAUCAACUCGCUGUUCGUUUUGGGCAGAACGAUCGGCUUUAUCGGUCAUUUCAUGGACCAGAAGAGGCUGAAGCAGGGUCUGUACCGUCAUCCGUGGGACGACAUAUCGUACGUGCUCCCAGAGCAAUACAACAAUUAGAUGUUAGAAUCGGGGUUUGGCGGACUAGCGGGCUGCGUAGGGGGAGGAGCAUUCUGCAUUUUCGUGUUAAGGUUUAAGCUCAAAACGGUUUUUAAAUAAUCAACGAAGAUUUCGCUGUCGGACAGAUUAGGAAAUGUAUAUGUGUACCAUAAAUGUCGAGAGGUUAUUUAUAUUUUUGUAUAUGUUUUUAAUGCACAGUAGACGUGGUUUUAAAGAGAAAAAAAAAUCUUGAAUAUUUAAUGCGCUCAAACGGAGCUUUGGGCGUUCCUUUAAGCGGCACUUUUUUAUUGUUUUGAUCAUUUUACGACUAAUAAAAAUGCUGAGGAUG